AUGAACAACAUCCUGGAGAUUCUAUGGACCAUUCAUAUUGGUGCACUCGUUGCAACUUUCCUUUUCAACACUGGACGUAUUAUAAAAGCAGUAGAAAUCUUUAAGGAAUGUUUGGUGCUCCUUAACGGCAACGCCCUACAAACAAUCAAAGAACGUACCACACCAAUUGUUAUUUAUGUAUACGAUAAACUUCUUGAUGGCUAUACUCUUAUGUACGAUCACACUAGUGCGAUAGAAUGUGGUAAAAUACUUCACGUGGCACUACACAAUAGUGGCCAAAAUGAAGAAGAAGGGAUAAUAUUACUUAAACUAGCGAACAUCUGCUAUCAAAGAAGCAAAUACGAGGAAGCAAAACAGUUUUACGAGAAGGCACACAGCAUCCUGAUUGAGACUGGAAACAAUCGCGGAGUUGGACUAUGUUACGGAAACCUAGGAACUGUGUUUUUUUCUCUUGGUCAAUAUACCAAAGCAGAAGAAUACCUUAAAAAAGCACUACUGAUCAGGAAAGAAAUCGGUGACAAAAAAGGAGAAGCAUCAGAUUACGGAAAUCUAGGAACUGUGUUUUUAUCUGUUGGUCAAUACACCAAAGCAGAAAAAUACCUUCAAAAAGCACUAGUGAUCAGGAAAGAAAUCGGUGACAAAAAAGGAGAAGCAUCAGAUUACGGAAAUCUAGGAAGUCUGUUUUCAUCUGUUGGUCAAUAUUCCAAGGCUGAAGAAUACCUUCAGAAAGCACUAGUGAUCAAACAAGAAAUCGGCGACAAAAAAGGAGAAGCAUCAGAUUACGGAAAUCUAGGAACUGUGUUUUUAUCUGUUGGUCAAUAUACCAAAGCAGAAGAAUACCUUCAAAAAGCACUACUGAUCAGGAAAGGAAUCGGUGACAAAAAAGGAGAAGCAUCAGAUUACGGAAAUCUAGGAAGUCUGUUUUUAUCUGUUGGUCAAUAUUCCAAGGCUGAAGAAUACCUUCAGAAAGCACUAGUGAUCAAAAAAGAAAUCGGUGACAAAAAAGGAGAAGCAUCAGCUUACGGAAAUCUAGGAACUGUGUUUUUAUCUGUUGGUCAAUAUACCAAAGCAGAAGAAUACCUUCAUAACUCUGUUUUUAUCUGUUGGUCAAUAUACCAAAGCAGAAGAAUACCUUCAAAAAGCACUAGUGAUCAGGAAAGAAAUCGGUCACAAAGAAGGAGAAGCAUCAGAUUACGGAAAUCUAGGAAGUGUAUUUUUAUCUGUUGGUCAAUAUACCAAAGCAGAAGAAUACCUUCAAAAAGCACUAGUAAUCCAAAAAGAAAUCGGUGACAAAAAAGGAGAAGCAUCUGCUUACGGAAAUCUAGGAACUGUGUUUGAAUCUGUUGGUCAAUAUACCAAGGCUGAAGAAUACCUUCAGAAAGCACUAGUGAUCAAACAAGAAAUCGGUGACAAAAAAGGAGAAGCAUCUUCUUUCGGAAAUCUAGGGACUGUGUUUUCAUCUGUUGGUCAAUAUACCAAAGCAGAAGAAUGCCUUAAGAGAGCACUAGUGAUAAGGAAAGAUAUCGGUGACAAACAAGGAGAAGCAUCAGCUUACGGAAAUCUAGGAACUGUGUUUUUAUCUGUUGGUCAAUAUACCAAAGCAGAAGAAUGCCUUAAGAGAGCACUAGUGAUAAGGAAAGAUAUCGGUGACAAACAAGGAGAAGCAUCAGAUUACGGAAAUCUAGGAACUGUGUUUUUAUCUGUUGGUCAAUAUACCAAAGCAGAAGAAUACCUUCAAAAAGCACUAGUAAUCCAAAAAGAAAUCGGUGACAAAAAAGGGGAAGCAUCUGCUUACGGAAAUCUAGGAAAUGUGUUCGAAUCUCUUGGUGAAUAUACCAAGGCUGAAGAAUACCUUCAGAAAGCACUAGUGAUCAGGAAAGAAAUCGGUGACAGAAAAGGAGAAGCAUCUGCUUACGGAAAUUUAGGAACUGUGUUUGAAUCUGUUGGUCAACAUACCAAGGCUAAAGAAUACCUUCAAGAAGCACUAGUGAUCAAACAAGAAAUCGGUGACAAAGAAGGAGAAGCAUCUGCUUUCGGAAAUUUAGGAACUGUGUUUGAAUCUGUUGGUCAAUAUACCAAGGCUGAAGAAUACCUUCAGAAAGCACUAGUGAUCAGGAAAGAAAUCGGUGACAAAGUAGGAGAAGCAUCAGAUUACGGAAAUCUAGGAAGUGUGUAUUUAUCUGUUGGUCAAUAUUCCAAGGCUGAAGAAUACCUUCAAAAAGCAUUAGUGAUCAGAAAAGAAAUCCGUGAUAAAAAAGGAGAAGCAUCUUCUUUCGGAAAUCUAGGAAUUGUGUUUAAAUCUGUUGGUCAAUAUACCAAGGCUGAAGAAUACCUUCAGAAAGCACUAGUGAUUAGGAAAGAAAUCGGGGACAAAAAAGGAGAAGCAUCAGAUUACGGAAAUCUAGGAGCGGUGUUUUCAUCUGUUGGUCAAUAUACCAAAGCAAAAGAAUACCUUCAAAAAGCACUGACGAUCAAAGAAGAAAUCGGUGACAAACGUGGUGUUGGAGCUUCAUACUUAAAUCUGGGAAAACUUUGUCGAGAAUUUCAGCUUAAUGCGAAGAGUCAAGAAUUUGUUAAUAAAGCACUUGAGAUAGGUUACGAAAUAGGGGACAUUGAAAUGCAGUUUAACAGCCAUCUUACCAUUGCUCUGAACGCGUUAGUGGCAGGAGGAAGCAUAACUGAACUUCUUCGAAAUCUGUGUGCAAGCAUUCAGAAGUGCGAAGAAAUGCAUGAAUUUUUAAUGGUGAAAGAUCAGUUCAAAAUUUCUUUUUUCGAUGAACAUGUGUCCCCUUACCUUCUUCUUUGUAGGUUAUUGAUUGCUACAGGCAGCUAUUAUGAAGCUCUUUACGUUGCCGAGCUUGGACGGUCCAGAGCACUUGCAGACAUCCUUUCAGAUAAGUACUCUGUUGAAAAAGAGGUAUCAGUCAAUCCACAGUCAUGGAUCGGUAUUGAGAAUAUCAUGGACAAAAAUGCACUUAGUUCUUGUCUUUAUGUUUCCUGCUUCGAUGAUAAUAUGUAUUUUUGGAUUCUUAAGCCAAACAAAAGCGUGGUGUUUCGACAAACGAAACUGAAAGAAAGUGCAGAUCAAUUGUUUGGAAAUGAAAAAAUUGGUGGUUCUCGAGAAUUGCGUCAAGAACAAUGUGAAGAUCGAUCAUUCUUCUCUUCAUACGAAAGCUCCUUGGCUAAAUGCCGUGCACCUCAGGAGGGCGGCACUGCAACUGAGGAUAAAGACACUCCAUCCCUGGGUGAUGGUUACAAUAUGAUCGUUACUCCUGUUGCUGAUUUACUCGAGGAACCAGAAAUCAUCAUUAUUCCUGAUCCCUUGUUGUACAGAAUUCCUUUUGCUGCAUUAACGAAUGACAAAGUCAAGGAAGAAACAAAGUACCUAUCAGACACACAUAGGAUUCGUAUUGUCCCUUCCUUGACGACUCUAAAGUCGAUUCAGCUCAGUUCUGCCGACUACCAUAGUGAAACAGGUGCGCUGAUCGUAGGAGACCCAGAAGUUCGUGAUGUAUACUAUCAAGGAGAACUUCUGGAAUUGGACCCAUUGCCUUGGGCAAGAAAGGAAGCACAGAUGAUUGGGCGACUGGUUGGUGUUAAGCCUUUGGUGGGAAAUGAUGCAAGAAAGCAGACAGUCCUAGAAAAAAUGCCGUCAGUAAGUCUCAUUCACCUUGCUGCUCAUGGUGAUGCCGAACGUGGAGAAAUCGUUCUUUCUCCUAUAAGCUCGUGCGGUACUCCUCACGAAGAAGACUACUUAUUGACAAUGGCUGAAAUUUCACAAGUUCGACUGACAGCCAAGCUGGUUGUUCUCAGCUGUUGUCACAGUGCAAGUGGCCAGAUUAGAGCUGAGGGAGUUGUUGGAAUCGCCCGAGCAUUUCUAGCAUCAGGUGCACGCGCCGUGCUGGCAACACUGUGGGCUAUAGAUGACGAAGCUACUAUGCAGUUCAUGAAUCGUUUUUACGAGCGCCUUGUUCAUGGUGAAAGUGCAAGUGAAUCUCUUCACCAGGCCAUGAAGUGGAUGAGGGAGAAUAACUUUUCUGACGUCAGGCUGUGGGCGCCGUUUAUGCUGAUUGGAGAUGAUGUGUCAUUUAAAGGUUUGUAUUUGAUACCGUUGUAG